ACAAGAUUGAGAUUAGAAUGUUGAAGUAUCUAAAUAUCAUAAGCGGUGAUUUGAUUUUUGAGAUAAUGUUAGGUUUUAGGGUAGGGUGGUGUUGAAGGCGGUUUCUCCCAAAUCCAUUCGAAUGUUAAGUUUGUGAAUAAAUGUAAAGAGAAGAGAAUGAGAGUGUUGAAUUGAAUUGAAAAUAUGUCAGACCCAUUAGAGAGAUACGAAAAACUUGGCUUAAGAGAGUCUCUACCAAAACCCUAUAGAUACCCAAUUGCGUGCCAAGAGCUAAGCUUUAUUCUGAGGGAAGCUUUUCAUCAAUUUACCAAAUAUUUGCAAUCCAUCGUCUUCCAAGACACCCUCUCCGCCUUCCGUCUCCUCCCAGAAAUACAGACUCAGAGUGCUGUUUCAGCAGUCCACAUCCUACUUCAGAGUGUAGAAGCAGCACUGCCGAAGCAGAAAAGGAAUGUGGCUGUAAAAGAAUUUAAGCGUGCCAUGGUUGUUCAUAAGAGACGCUGUAAAGCUCACCAGGUAGAGAAAGGCUCAUUGCAACUUCCACAAGAUAUUCUUGUGCACAUUUUCAGUUUUCUUGAUAUGAAAUCUUUUGUCUCAGCGGGGCUAGUCUGCGGUAUCAAUUACCUGGUGACUCAAGGGCAUUGCAUAUUUAGGUCAUGGAACAUAGCUGCAAAUGAUAACCAACUGUGGGAGAUGCAGUAUGUUUCACUGUACGGUAAUGGAGCUAAACAGCAGCCUGUGAAACUGGUUGAAAGCAGAAAUGAUAGGCUUUUGCAUGAGCCUAUAGAUAAUACUAAAGUCAUUGCCAACUGGAAAGAGGCUGUUAAAGGAGCAUACACUGGAGCAUUAUCAAGAAAAUUAACAACCAACCGGGGAUAUUGUGGACACUGCAAAUCAGUAGUUUGGCUAAAUAACGCAAAAUGCCCCAAUGUACACUCUGGAAUAUCUGAAAUUCAAGAUAUCAAGCCUGUAACAGCAUUCCAGGUUGUGGAAUAUCUUCUAGAUGAUUCUAUAUCCAUAACAUCUUCCUCAGACAGUGACAGUGAUUCAGAAGAAGGACCAAUUUCUAGGUUAUGGGCAUAUCCCAAGCAUAUAAGAAAAUUAAGUAUAUAAUGGCUACACUGCCAUAGUUAUUGACGAAUAAUCACUUUUUUUUUAUAAUCAGUUUAAUCGCUCUAUGUAUAUCAGUAGGGAAAAAAACACGUUGCGUCUCUGUUAAAAGAACGACACAAGUUUGAUGUUGGCGA